GACACCACCAGACCGUCCGACAACGGGGCCUUGUGUGGAGGUGGCGUCUUCGAGACACCCGGUUGCGUGCACAAUCAGUGCUUGUUCUCGCAUUUGAUGACUGGCAAUGGCCAGCCGGUGAGCAACGUGAGGAUCGAGAACGUGCGUCUGAACGAUUUCUCCAACGACCCGAACCAUGCGAGUCAGCUGGCGGUGUGGGUGGCCCAGACGACCGCGCAGGCGCCCACCCGGGAUGUCCACGUGACAGGCCUCGUGGCCAUGUUUCUUCAUGCCGACGGCAUCAACUUCCACGGCUUUGUCCAGGAUGCGAAAGUACAGGACACUUACAUCCAGAACACGGGCGACGAUAUCUACGCCGUCUGGGGCAGCCACUUCGACACGCGGAACAUCCUUUUCGAGCGGUGUGUCGGGGUCGACGCGGGCAGGGCCCGGCAGAACCACUAUGGGAGCUGCGUUGCCGUCUAUGGUGCCAAGGAGGCUACCUUCCGUGAUGUGACGUGCUUUGCCCCAGACCAAAAUCGUCAUGACUGCUACGAUCCCAAGAACGGUGGGGAGACCUGCAACGGCUGCUUGGGAAUCAUCAAGCAGAGCUUCGAUGCCAACUACCGGGGUUCGGUGUUCAAUUUCGAAGGGUGCAAGUUCUACAACCUCAAGCGUAGCUGGCGGAACGGACACCAGGUCUACGACCUCUCAAACCCGCAGAGCAAUGGGCGACCCAUUGUGUGCAACAACGAGUGGCGGGACGGAGGUCUCGAAGUGAGGGUCAGCUGA